AUGUUUUCUGAUCAUGUGUAGAGGUAAAACAAAAUUUAAUAAAGCUAAAUUCAGUGAUGCUGUAGAGAUGCAACUUGAAGUAAGCGUGCUGGUGGUCCUAAGCUCGCUGGUGUCGGCGCUGCGCCGCGGGCCGCACCACCCGCACGGGCAGCCGGUCGACGGCAGCCACCACCACUACCAGCCCAAGGACCAGGGAUCUAUGACUGGUGACAAGGAGCUGCUGCGUGACGUCAAACACCUGGAAGAAGACUCUGUGCUGACGCCGGAGAUUCUGGCUCGGAUGACUCCUGAAGAGUUGGAGUUCCAGUACUUCGCAGCUCACGACUUUGACGGCAACUCCAAGCUGGAUGGCUUGGAACUGCUAAAGGCAGUGUACCACACGAUAGAGCAUUCGGCAAGUGAAGAUAAUACGAUAGAACCUGAAGCAAAGCCUUUAGAUUUUUAUAUUGCGGUGGUGGACCGUACCCUAGGACUGGAUGACACUGAUGGCGAUGGGUACAUUUCGUACCCGGAGUACCGGGCAGCGCGAGGGGACAGCCCCGACCGUACCCUGCGGGUUCUGGCCACCGAAGAAUAGAUGUUCGCCUAUUUUAUUAGUGCAAUCUUUAAGGGCCUUACUAGUGUCGUUUUGCUGGGUCUACUAAUCGAGUUUCACUUUGUGAACUAGCUGGUGGGCGCCGAAAGAUGGCUGAUAUGCUAGAGGCCUCAAGGGGUUUAUGAAAUACCAUGACUUUCUCUAUGAGACGGAUAAAAAAUCUUACCCUAUAUUAAAUAGCCACGAUAGCAGCAACGUGAACGUGGACUACUGUGGUGAAAUCACUCGUAACACAAGCAUUUUUGGCUUAGUGCGAGAGGUUAAUGAGACUAUAAUUUUUUUGUGACAAAUUAUUAAUAUUCUUUAAAAAGGCACAUGGAGAAUCCUUUUUUCCCAUCUAUAGGGAAUGUUAUUGUAUUUGUAAAGUAAAAUCGCCCCAUUUAAAGAUAACUAAUAAAAUAGGAUUGUGUAUAAAUAGGGUUUGUUUCGUUUGCUGAAAAGGACGAUGUGAAGGAUGAAAACAUUUGGCAUGAGAGCCAGUGAAAACAUUUUUUAUAAGAACUAAUGUUAAAGACUCUCUCUGUCUAUAGGCGCUUUAUGUAAUCCUGAUUUGUAUUGAAUCAGUUUGUUAAAGACUAAAGGUUGAAUUAUUUCGCAGUUAUGUUGGACAUUUGUUAAUUACUGUAUAACAAAAUACUUAGCUUUUGGAGCCAAUAAGGUUAAUUUACGUGUAAAUGUAAGGCCUAAUUGAAGAAAACCCUAAUUAGUUAGUCGAAAUUUUU